AUGGGCAGAGAGGCCAGACUGAGCAUAUCUGCAAUUUGCCUACUGACAGCACUCCCGCGGCCAGAGGAAGACCAUCCACCUCCAGCGGCUUUACUCAGAGUAAACCAUCCGCUACGAGGGGGCGUGUCGGCGGGCGGGGCCGGGGCGGAGCUGUCUUCCAGAGGCGGCACAGCGGCAGGAAGCUCCCGAGCUUCCCACGGAGUCAGCGUCCCCGGAGAAAGGUCCAGGGACUGGGCCGGCCGAGUGGCAGGACUCAGCGUUCUGAGGCCGGCGACUUCCGGGCGGCGGAGCUCUGCCCCUCCUUUCUUUUCUCUAGGUCAGGUCUCCUUCUGGCUGCGCUGGACCUGCGCACGCGGGGGACUUCCGCAUCGGGCCCUCCAGCCUCCCGCAGCGUCCCGCAGCGCCCUGGCGGGCAGCAGCCUGGGUGGUAGCGGCGCGCCUGGUGCUCGGCGCCAGCAACCUGCUACUGCCAUCUACAGGCUGAGGCGGGGCCCGCGGCGAGGCGGCCGGGGGCAUCGGCUGAGCCCCUCUGGAUCUGCAGAUAAAAUAAUAUGCACUUCCAGUGCCAGAACUGCAGAAUCACUCCUGUAUCAAGGCCACUGCUUUUCUCUUGUGGGAAAAUGCUUCACUAAGCGUCUUCCAGCUGGUGACCAGUUUUCCUGUCUGGGCUUUAGAAACAAGUUUCUGGCUGAAGCGAAACUACAGUGUAACCCACUGGCUGUCAUUUCACGUGGACCCAUGGAGCAAGAAGUCGUUGAUUGUGACACCUUCCCUUUUAGUUUCUGUCCGGAAUAUUGUUGCUCUCUUCUCAGACUCAUCACCUUCUAUCACCCCAAGAGCUACAGAUCAAAGAUUUAUCAACUGAGUCCUUGUAAGCCCUCUGCCAAGACCACCAGAAAAAGUUCAUCAAUUUCCAAUGAUGCUGUGACUACUACCACAAACUCUUAUCUGCCAGGGCCUUGAGUCAGACCUCUGUGAAGAUACCCUAAAUGCCAUUCCCCUACCAUUAACCCUUUCCAGCUUGAAGAAAUUAGAGUGGUCGUCAUCCAUUUCCCUAAUGGCAGUUCAGAUGACUUCUAAGGAAAGAGAUGAAAAAGUAAACAAGAACUCAGGGCCCCUGAGUCCCAUCUUGACCUAGCAAGUAGAAACCAGAUAGAAA